AAAAUGAAAUAGUUUUUCCAUAUUUCUUUCAAAACUUAUAUUUAAUUAUUUAUCAUUAACACUUAUAGUGACACUCAAGUUAAGCGUGCUUAUUUAUUGGAUUCGAGAAGUAUUUAAACCAGUUUUCGAAACUUGAUUUAGAUAAAACCUAAUACCAUGUCAAAUGUAACAACAAUAACAAAUGCUGCACGCAUCGUAAACAAAAGACUUUUUAAAGUAUCAAUCGAAGGAAACAUAGGUUCCGGUAAAUCUACUUGUAUUAAAUUCUUCGAAAAAUAUCCAGUUGUAGAUACACAUGCGGAACCAAUAUCUGAAUGGCGUAACGUGAGCGGUCACAACCUGCUCGGUCUGCUAUACAGUGACACGAAAGAGUGGACUUUCGCCUUCCAGCAUUAUGUGCAUCUCAGCCGUCUCAAAAUACAAAUUAGUCCACCGUCAAACCCAAACAUAACAGUUAAAAUGUUUGAAAGAUCUGUGCAAAACAGCAGGCACUGUUUUGUUGAAAAUGCUAAGAAGCAGGAUUUCCUUAAAGAACCAGAAUAUGAAGUUCUUCAACAAUGGUUUGACUACACGGAGAAGAAUUUAGACACUAGCUUAGAUCUCAUUGUUUAUCUACGAACAACACCUAAAAUAGUUUGGGAGAGAAUGAUGAAACGAGGAAGAGCUGAAGAGUCUGAGGUGCCACUAGAGUAUUUAGAACAAAUUCAUGAAUCAUAUGAGAAGUGGGUGAGUUCUCCUGAUGUGGGCUGCGAAGUGCUGACCAUUGACGCCGAUAGGAGUAUAGAAAGUGUUCAAGAAGAUUUAGAACGAUACAGUUAUAAAAUAUUAGGCGGUAAUCACACCAAUUAAUACAAAUAAUUUAUCAAUAUAAUAGAUGCUCUAUGACAUUGACUAGACUGAUAAUAAACAAUUAUCAAUAAUAUUAUAAAGUUAGAGUCUCUGUUCCAAAGAACACAUCUCAGUAACUAGAAGUCCGACUUGAACAAAACCUUUUGUUUUAGAUAACCUAUUUAUUAAAAAAAGGUUAAGGUUACAAUGACAAAGAAACCAUUAACUUAAAUCUGUCAAGCUAUUGUUAUUUAGUUAAUAAGCACAAAUGGUGAUGUACUAAGAAGUGGGCAAGUAGUAUAUAUGUUGAACUAGUGAACUAGAUGAGGUUAAAUAAAUUAACUUUAUUCAGCCCUCCAAUCAAAUAAACAGACAUUUGUAUUUCAUUAAUUAAAAACAUGUUUUGCUUUUAGUUAAAAAUAGCUUGAUAAUCAAUGAUAACCAUAAUUAAAUAUACAACUUUCAAGCUCUUUUUGUAACUUCAUGGUGGAGGAUAGUUAUAGUUUUUAGGUACAAAGACAUAUCCUGAAUAGGGAUAUUCAGGAAAUAAAAUGCCUAGUUCCUAAAACGCUAAUCCAAGUCCGAUUUACUAAAAUUUCUAAAUACUGGAAACAAUCCGCAUUUCCCAGAGUUUAGUAUCGAGACGCCACUGUGUAUGCUAAUAUAAAAUUUCAACUUAAAAUAAUUAUGUUUUUGAGUUCCAUUUACAUUUCAUCAUGUAUACUCGUGUGACGCGUGUGUUAAUCAAAAAUAUGGAUGUUUUUGCCUGCAUCUAUUCUUUUUAAGAAAUACCAUAAACACAAAUUCCUGAUAAAGAUGAAUAUAAUCACAUAUAUACAUGAUAUGAGAUAAGAAGAAACUUAAGUAAAGAUUUAAAUAGAACUUAAAAAAGAAAUGCUUAUAUAUAGAAGAACUAUACGGGUUUAGUGUUACUGUAUUUAACUCGGUAGUAUUAAAACAAUGUAAGUAAUAAUAAUUAGUUAUAUUUAUUAAUUAUCAAAUAUUUUGACUGAAUGUUUACUAAUCUGAGAUUUAUUUACGAAUAAAUAUUUAAAAUAUCCUAUAAGAUUUAAAGUAUC